GUUCUGGUACACGUGGAGGAUGUCAAUGAUAAUCCGCCGCAGUUCAUUCUGCAGACCACCACCGACUCGGGUUACGCCUUCAGCAUUCAGGAGAACGAGCCGCCGGGCAAGUUUGUGGGCAUCGUCACGGCGGUGGAUAUAGACGAUAUGCCAAACCCGGGUGAAAUGCAGUCGGCACUGGUAUUUCCCAGAGACGCCGAGGAGAUGAAGGCACCGCCAAGACUGGGUGCGGUGGGGGCUGAGAAGAGCCCCUCGAAGCUGCUGUAUUCUCUGGGCAAUGAAAAGGAUGCAAUCUUCUUUCGGAUCGAUAAACACACCGGUGAAAUUACGACCAGCGUCAUCAGCAGUUUCUGCUCGUGA